AUGGCUGACUUGCAGCUUCACAUGAGCGUGUGGAAGAGUUGCAGACCGGGGAAGGUUCCGUGGACGGAGCAAGACGUUUUUGAUCACGCUGCAGCUGUCAAAUUGUCCCUACCGGUUACGGUCAAAGAGUUGAUUCAAUCACCUGAGUGGAAAGGUGGGCCCCUGAUUCAACUUGAGAAUGACGUUUCCCGGCCCACGGCCGAUGAUUGCAUUCUCAACUAUAUCUGGUUGCGGCCAUUUGUUUCCAAGUUUCCUGAAACCGUAUGUUCGGGUUACUAUGCAGCUGAUGUCUUCAGAGCUUUGGACGUUUACUUGGAAAACAAGCUUCUCCAAAGUUCAGACCCCAUGGACACAAAGAAAAGUAUGGCUUUGGACGAGGGAGGCAAAAUGAAACGGCUGAUGGGGGGCUUGCGAUACCUUUGGCGCAGCAAGAGCGGCAACCAUCCUCGCAUCACCGAGAUGAAAAGCCUUUUGAAACUGUCUCCCAGGGCUGAGGCACGUCGACGAGAAGCUGCAGAUGAACGUGAAAGUGAUGAUAACAUGGGUGAGCCACCCCAGGCUGUUGACGCAGUUGUGGAGGCUUCUUCGGACCCUGAGAGCUCUGAUGGUGAAAAUGAUGGUGAUGGUGAGAAUGAUGGUGAGAAUGAUGGUGAGAAUGAUGGUGAAUGUUCUUCUGAUGACCCUGCCAACGCACCCACCUUGAGGCUUGGUGAAUGUGAUUCCCAGGAAAUGCCUGCUUUGACGGAUGACCAGUCCGAGGGAGCGACAGGGGGUGAUGAGGCAGAAGACAUGGAGGAAGAUGGGGAUGGUGCUGGAGAAGGGUCAGGGGUUGAUGAGGGAGCGGAGGAAGAAGAGGGAGCUGAAUCUGGGGAAGAUCAAACUGAUGAUGACGUGGUGGGACAUGAUGACAGUGGACACGCUGAUAACAUGGGUUUGGUUGACCCCCAGUUCAAUGACCCAUCGAAGAACGAGUUGUUUGAAGUGCCUUCUUCCGGGAAGAAAGUCAUUGAGGAUCGAAACAAGGUUACUGAGUUGUGCAUGGACCUGAUGAAGUACUGGAAGACCCAUGACCCUGCCCGUGCACCUGAGGGUGUGCACAUGUGCACCAAGAAUCCCAACAAGCGACCAGCUUCCGAGCAGGCCCCCAGCGUUGUCCUUUGUCCACUCUUUCGGGUGUUGAUCUCCUUCUCAAUCUAG